AUGCGCUCAGCCUUUGGAGAUCUCAUUCGAUCCCGUUGCUUUGCGGCUCGAACCUAUGUGAUACUACACAACUACAACUACUUCGUGCCGAACUUCCUCACGUACAUCCAUUGCGCAAGUUGCCCGACUGUCGAAUAUUUGCCUCAUAUGUGGAGGAUCUCGUGAUGACCGUACAAUCUGAUACUGCGUAACCUCAUCGCAGUUCUGAUUAUUAUCAUUCAAAACUUCUUAUCCAAUUCCGUCUUUUCCUAUUCUAUCCUAUUUUAUUUCUUCCCUAGAUUCAACACUCUUGUUCAAUUAAUACCCAACCAAACCGAUAUUGAAUCAUAAAUGACUACACUGUAAUCAGUGAUCGAAGCCGAGUGAACCAUUUCGUCGAUAAAUCCCCCGCACAGCGAAUCGAUCUUCGCUGCUGUUCCGUUUAGACCAUAUGUCAUGACGCGAGAAGAUAAUCGGCCAACGGACAAUGGUCCUGGCCACCAUAAUCUCGAAGAUGAUGUCUUAGCUGCAUUAUGGGAAAAUGUUCCUUUCCCGCGGCUACCUCCAGACGCGCCACCCGAGAUAAAAGACCUUGUCAUCAAUGUCGAAAACCCAAAAAGGGUUUACGCUAUCUACCGCGCCAGCCGCCGCCAUGAUCUACAGCUAUUAGUUGAGAAAUUCAUCGUCCAACUGCGCUACGGAUGUGGCUUCAGCGCCUGUACCACCGCAUCGUGUUUUAGUUGCCGAAAACGGCUUGCUGGCAAGACCCCCAUCCGCCGAUAUAAUCCUACGAGCGCAAGGACCUUAGCCGUAUUUCUCGCCAGUCAAGAUGACGCCGAUAGCCGACUCUGUCCCCACCUUAACUCCCCGGCCGGUCCGAGUGAUGCUGUGAAGUCGUUAAUAUUCGGUCCGAGAUAUACAUCUUCUCCCAAUGAUAAAGGCAGCUCAGCUUAUAGCGGCCUGGGGUCCAUGGCAAAAUCUGCUAAAGGGGCCCCAGGUCGCGUGGCAUCCAAGAGGACACAGGCAACAUCACCGAGUAAUCCGCCUGCGGUACAGGCAAUUCGAAGGAGGGGCGACCAGAUCUACAAUAAGGAGGGUGAAGAUACUACUAAGACUGAGGCGUCGUCAUCACCUACCUUGACUCGUGAAAUAGACAUCACUGAAAAAUCGGUUAGCAAGGAUUACCGUUCAUUUGCUGCUAAUGUCUUUGGGACUGUUGCGUUCAGGAUGCUAGAGUGGUUAACACCCAAUAAUAUGGAAGCGAUGUCUGAGAAAGCUAAGAUGGUUGGAGAUGUUGCAGAUGUUGCAGAUGUUGCAGAUGAUGCAGAAGGUUCUCAAACGAUCUCACCUCGACCGAAAUAUCAGAAUGGAAAAGCCAGCCCACCAUCUGCCAUAUUAAUACCCAAACCAGAUAAUCAGGCCGACAUAAGAGAUAUUCCUAAUGGCCACCCACGCGUCAUACCAGUGCCGUCUCCGAGUAGCGAAGUGUCCGAAUUCUACCAGCGGGUACAUCCCGAGCACCAAUCGAUGCCCAACCCUCAUUUUCAAGCUCUAUCACCACAUCAGAGAAGGAAUUCUAAUGCUCGAAUUCGCACUUCUUCUGUUUCGAAAACUCAUGCCAAGGUUGUUUCCGAGCCCUUAGUUGAACCUAUUGGAGAUGAAACGGGACCCCUUUCGCCUGGAAUCCACACUGCUCAGCCAGAGAAGGGAUCGAAAGGACUCGUUCGACCUCCGUCAACCAUAGCACGAGCUACCUCUCCAGCAGCGGAUAGUGAUAUGCAUACGAUAACAGAAAGAAAAAUUUCAGAACCUUCGAGCCCCCACUCUAACGUGGAUGAACAUUAUCCUCAGAUGGAUGGCGUUAGUGGAGAAGAAACUUCGAGCAGCGCAGGAACCACGCAGUCAAUAGAUACGCCAGACGAAAGCCGUGAAAGCCUCGAUGGCCAAACCAUUGAUGACGAGGGCGAGUCGACAUCUGAACUAGAUAGCUACCUACCACAAUCUCUAUCACGCCUAAAUCUCCAAGCUAUAGAGUUCAUAUGCGAUGUCCUCCAGGAAGAUGCCACCUUGGAAAGGCAUAUUUUUACACCACCAACUAUUAGCGGAUCUGGAAGACGCUCCUCUAACCAGCUUAAGUCGUGGAAGAGAAAACGGAAAUCGCAAGCACUUUAUCCUCGGGAUUUAAAGUUACAAUGGAAAUUAUUUGUCGAACAAAGUAUAUUUCACGUAUUAAGUGACCCCCAGGCCCUAUUGGACUCGUUUACCAAUUCGAAUGGAAUGGUGGAUUCGCAGACAUUGUGGUAUUGCAUGUUACGGUUGACAAGGGUAGCGCCCAGCUUGGUCUUUGAUAGCCUCUGGAUGGCUUUAGCAGGCCUUUUCGCACCUCCAAAAACCCUACAGUCUAUGAGAUCGCCCAUAUUGAAGGUGUUUCCCGGGCCUGGAUCGCAAAGGUCGUUUACAAAUGCAGAGACUGCGUCACUUAUGUCUGUAUGCUUCCAUGCUUUGGUUGCCGCAGCUCCGUUGGUAACCGACGCGAGACGACUCAAUGACAUGUCUCGCAUCAGAGCCCAUGGGUUGUCGCUAGCAGGCGGUGGUGUUGUGGCGAGGCAACCAAUGUCCUUAUGUCUGCAAUACGAAGAUACCUUUACCGACGACAUGGCUCUUCGAUUAGCGAGAAGAUUACUAAGGGUCAUUCCAACACGACGGCACUUUGACGAGUUGAUCGAACUUGACUUGGACUCGGAAGAUGAUGAAAAUGAAAAAGACGUCGUAGAGAUAUUACUCUCUCAUCUCGAAUCUCCGGCACAAUCAGCCAUAAACUUUUCGAAAGCUGAGCGAAGUAUGCACGAAAGGAGGAUACCGAUCCUACUCCUAGAUUGGGCGAGGGCUGUAAUGCUACAUGAAUGGGAGGGAAAACCCGACGUUUCUGGAGAUGGCCCGUUCGGUGGAGCCCUCUCCCUAAUCGCGGCUAUGUACCAGAAACGCCAGUCGCUCCUCUUAGGUGAUGUUCAUUUCCGUUGCGAGUACUUCGGUGACCGUCUUGACCCCAUUCAAAUGCCGAUUUCUUGGCUGUCAUUUACGUCUACCAAGCGGAGGGUUCAUCUUCUGGACUAUCCUUACCUUUUCAAUCCGACAUCUUUAGUGUCAUACUUUAGAGCCAUCAACUUUUCUCGCAUGAGCCGUUCUUACGAGGAAUCUAGCUCGUUACAAAGUCGGAUCCGAGCAAUUAUUGAAACCGACAGCCUCGUCACGGAGACACAUCAAAAGAAUAUCCUGCAAGACCUCUUAAAGGUUCCAGCCUCUAAAUACUUUAUCUUGGACAUCAGCCGCAAGAAUGUUCUUAAGAAUGCUUUUGACCAACUCUGGCGGCGUGAAGAGCGCGAAUUGAUGAGACCUUUAAAGGUCCAUCUUGGAGAAGAUUCUGGAGAAGAGGGAUUUGACUCUGGAGGUGUGCAGCAGGAGUUUUUCCGCCUUGCUAUUUCUGCAGCUCUAAAUCCGGACUAUGGUGCCUUCGUUAUCGAUGAGAGAACGCGGAUGACUUGGUUUCAGCCUGGGUCUACGGAACCCGAGUGGAAGUUCGAGCUUGUGGGCAUGCUAAUAUCACUGGCUGCUUACAAUGGGCUUACUCUACCAAUCACAUUUCCAAAAGCAUUGUAUUGCCAGCUUCUCGGCGAACCGGUUACUGAACUACACCACAUUGCGGAUGGGUGGCCGGUACUAGCCAACGGACUCACAAAUCUUCUUGAAUGGAACGAAAAAGACGGCUCCGUGGAAGAUAUAUUUGUCCUUACCUAUGAAUUCUCGACGUCUAUGUUCGACCAACCCAUCACUCGAGAGAUGGACUCAUCGAGACGGACAUCCUGGCCUCAAUUCUCUACACACCCGGAAUUCAUUCCCUUACCUACAGCCAACCCGCACGAUGCACCGCCCGUAACCGGCGAUAAUCGCAAUGCUUACGUUAGCGACUACAUCCGGUACUUAACACAUGUUUCGGUAGCACCGCAGUUCGCUGCCUUCGCACGCGGGUUCCGGACGUGCCUAAAUCCGAAGUCAUUGAAGCUGCUGACGCCAUCGAUGCUACAAAACAUCGUAGAGGGUACACAGGAUAUCGAUGUGGGUGAGCUAAGGCGCGCGGCGAGGUACGUGGGCUGGGAUGCGUCGCAUCGCACAGUACGCGACUUCUGGAGUAUUGUUAAGAGAUACGAUGAUCGCAUGCGCCGUAAGCUUCUUGAAUUCGUCACCGCGAGCGAUCGCGUCCCAGUAGGGGGGAUGGCGAAUAUCCAGUUUGUAAUUCAGAAAAACGGCGAGGAAGGCGAGGGAGGCCACCUGCCUACUGCGUAUACAUGCUAUGGAACUCUGUUGUUACCCGAGUAUCGAGAUAAGGAGGUCUUACGCGAACGGCUCACGAUGGCACUUGAGAAUGCGCAAGGUUUUGGGUUUGCGUAGUUAGACCGAGGCUGACUGCAACAAGGGAGAGAUGAAGAAGGGAACUAUUAUAGAGAAGGAGUGAAAGACGGAUAACGUGAAAUCAUAAGAUACAACUUCAGGUAUAACACGAUGGAAGGACAGACCCUAUCAAAAGGGAAAUAAAUAAAAGUGCUAAUACAGUAAAUGAAUUGCAUUUACGGCAGGAGCUGGAAACAGUAGUUGGAAGACGGGUCACAGGACGCCAACCCCUAUCUCGGUCAGCUGUCGUUGACUUUUGUAUGUAUCACCCCCAAGGUUGGAACGGAAUGGAAUAACAGGAUGGUGGUUCAGACUAAGGGGCUCUUUUUUCUAUUUUCCACCCUCACAUCAUUUACACACAGCCCUUACACUGGAAAACAGUUAUAUACCGAACUACUAGGGUAUAUCGUCUACCCUUACUUACGCAUUUACACAUGUAGGUUCCCGCUCACGGUUCUUGUUAUACUAGGUAUCUGUCGUUUUAGCGUUCUCGCGGUAAAGAAAAAGUUAGGGAGCGGUCGCUUUCGGCUUCGGCUCGAAUAUACACACGUAUAUAUACAUAGUAGCUUUGAAUGUCAUGCUUUCGUGGUUUCCUAAUGCUCCU